AUGCGAAAGUUUAAAAGAAAGGUUUACCGCGAAUAUGAAAAUUUCGUGCGACCCAAGACCCAUGUGGAACCGGAGCCUCCAAAGCCCAUUAACUUAUCGAUUGAGGACUUCAAUGCGCGCGGAGAAAUCGCCAAUCCGCGUGCCCCUUGUGUGGUUACCACCAUCGACCCCGAUUACAUCAAAGACGCCAGUUCGCAGCGUUUGGCACGAAAAUUUCGUAUGAAAACGGACAUACUACUCUUGAGGGGGAUUACCCGCAACCGCUUUAUGUACUAUGCCACGCAAGAACUUUUUUUGGACCGAAAACGAGAGAAGGAAUACCAGGACAAUCUAUACGAGAAGUCGGAGGAAUUUCACAAGUUUGCAGACGACUCGCUCAAGAAAAUGGAGGCGGAGGAGUUUAAGAAAAUGCUAGAGGCGCAAGAAAAGCUGAAGAUCCUAAAGGAGAGCAAAUUAAGCGAGGAGCUUAACGAGGUGAAGCUGGAGCACCAGCGAGUGCUGAUGGAGGUGCAGGAAGUCUACGGUCGCUUUCAGUAUUUGCUCAAGCUAAUCAGCUACUUUGAUGACACAGUUGAAGAGGAGCAAGCGGAAGGAGAUGAUGCCAACAAUAAACUUAGCAUGCCGCAGCAAAUCGUCGCUAUGGAGAUCACUGAACGACAUCCAGCGGGUCUCGAACAAGUGCGUCAAGUGCAAAACUACAUGGAGAAGAUAGUGCGACCGUAUUUGGCAAAGCGGAAUCAUCUCAAUGCGGAGAUCUGGAUACGUGGCUAUGAGCGAAAUCGCCUAAAGGUGUCCAACUACAAUAGGCGCUUUUCACAGUUGGCACUCCUGAACCACAUCGUAGCCAUCCUGCAAGACAAGGCCCAAAAGACAUACGAACGCCAGGUGAAAGCCAAUGUGUUCCUCAAGGACCCAGAGUUCCUGCAGCGACGUGUGGCAGGUCUUCAGGGGCGUGCCAAGGGGCUAUUGAAUGACUACGAGCAGAGAUACAGCAAGGACAAGCUGAAUAUCAAGCUAAAUAGCAUAAUACCAGUGAUCCUCAAGCAAAUCCAAAACAAAGUUAAGCCGGAGCAAAAGCGAGAGGGAACGCUGCCGCCAACCAAGUCAGCAGCCCAGAAGUCGUCCAAGCAAUGGCGCACUCUGGAAGACAUGCAGCCUCCGCCGCCGCCACCCAAGUCCACGUACGAGGACGAACAGGACACGACUCUUGCCAAGGUGGAGAAAAUCCAGGGCUACGUUCUGGAACUCUUGGCCAAACUGGACCACAUUGAGCCGCGCAAGCUGCGUAGCGUCGAGCAGCAGGUUCGACGUCGCAUGGCAGCGGACAAGGAGAUGUCCCGCCGUGCGUUAGUUAAGCAGAACCGACUACACAACUGGAUGGCGCAUUUCAAGAAGCAUCACGAUCAGCAGGUUGAGCAGCGAUGGAAGAACAAAGUCUAA